GGGCUCUGCGCUCAGGCUCGCUGGUAACUUCCCGCUCCCUCCCCUCCCUCUCGUACACACCACACACGCUUGUAUUUUGCGCUGUCGUAAAACCCACGUGUCUAGCCCGGAGUCUGCCAGAGAGGAGCGAGAAGCCCGGCCGUGACUACCAUGCGCAGCCACGGCAGAGGGAGCCUGGCGGCUCGCGUCUAGCCGGCACCCGAAGGGGACAUCCCGUUUCCCGUCAACAAAGACGCAGAAAAGCCCUUCCCUCAGCCCUCCGCCGGCCCGAGGGCUCCCGGGUCCGCGCGCCCUCCCGCACGCCGACCGCGCAGUUCCUGCGUGCCCCGCUCAGGCAGCGCGAUGCUGAAGCCCGGCGACCCCGGCGGCUCCGCGUUCCUGAAGGUGGAUCCUGCCUAUCUGCAGCACUGGCAGCAGCUCUUCCCGCAGAGCGGCCAGCUCAAGAGCAGCGGGGUCCUCGCCCAGCUCCAGCCGCCCGAGAGAGCCGAGCCCCCGGCUGACAGCCUCCGCCAGCGCCCGGCCUCGCUCUCCUCUGCUUCUUCGUCCUCGUCUACUCCGUCUUCCUCAUCCGCCUCGUCCUGCGUCGCCGCGGCGGCCGCGUCCCUGGCCGGCCUGACCGCCCUGCCGGUCACCCAGCUGCCCGUCUUCGCCCCGCUGCAGAGCUCCGAGCCCACGGCCGGGGGAGCGCCCGCUCCCCUGCAGGGCAAGGACUUGUGCGGGGCCGGCGGCGGCAGCAAAUGCGGCGAGCGCGCUUCCGCCCGCUUCCGCUGCUCGGCCGAGGAGCUGGACUACUACCUGUACGGGCAGCAGCGCAUGGAGAUCAUCCCCCUGAACCAGCACACCAGCGACCCCAACAACCGAUGCGACAUGUGUGCCGACAACCGCAACGGCGAGUGCCCCAUGCAUGGCCCGCUGCACUCCUUGCGGCGCUUGGUGGGCACAAGCAGCGCGGCCGCAGCCGCCCCGCCGCCCGAGAUCCCUGAAUGGCUGCGGGACCUUCCGCGUGAGGUCUGCCUCUGCACCAGCACCGUGCCUGGCCUGGCCUACGGCAUCUGCGCUGCGCAGCGCAUCCAGCAGGGCACCUGGAUCGGGCCCUUCCAGGGCGUCCUGCUGCUGCCGGAGAAGGUCCAAGCGGGAGCCGUCAGGAACACUCAGCACCUCUGGGAAAUAUAUGACCAAGAUGGGACAUUGCAGCACUUUAUUGAUGGUGGAGAACCCAGUAAGUCAAGCUGGAUGAGGUACAUCCGAUGUGCAAGGCACUGCGGGGAACAGAACUUAACAGUGGUUCAGUACAGAUCAAAUAUAUUUUACCGGGCUUGUGUAGAUAUCCCUCGUGGCACAGAGCUGUUGGUGUGGUACAAUGACAGCUACACAUCUUUCUUUGGAAUCCCUCUCCAGUGCAUUGCACAAGAUGAAAAUUUGAAUGUCCCUUCGACUGUAAUGGAGGCCAUGUCCAGACAAGACACCCUACAGCCAUUUAAUAAAAGUAGCAAACUAUCCCCUGCCACUCCACAGCGAUCUGUAGUAUUUCCACAGACUCCGUGCAGCAGAAAUUUUUCUCUCCUGGAUAAGUCUGGGUCCAUCGAGUCAGGAUUUAACCAGAUCAGUGUCAAAAACCAACGAGUUCUUGCAAGCCCAACUUCAACAAGCCAACUAAAUUCUGAGUUCAGUGACUGGCAUCUUUGGAAAUGUGGGCAAUGCUUUAAGACUUUCACCCAGCGGAUCCUCUUACAGAUGCAUGUGUGUACGCAGAACCCCGACAGGCCCUACCAGUGUGGUCACUGCUCCCAGUCCUUCUCCCAGCCCUCGGAGCUGAGGAACCACGUCGUCACACACUCCAGUGACAGACCUUUCAAGUGCGGUUACUGCGGCCGAGCCUUUGCUGGUGCUACAACGCUCAACAAUCACAUCCGGACGCACACUGGGGAAAAGCCCUUCAAGUGCGAGAGGUGUGAGAGGAGCUUCACACAAGCCACCCAGCUGAGUCGACACCAGAGGAUGCCCAAUGAGUGCAAGCCAAUAACAGAGAGCACAGAAUCAAUUGAAGUGGAUUAACUGAUUGACUGGUUGGAAUUAAACUGCAAGGAAAGUCAUGAUUAAAUGUCACGGACACUUAAGCAAAACCAAAGAUUUCCUCUGAGCAACUUUCAAUCAGUCCCAGAAAACCAAAAGCAGUAAUAAAAUAAAUAAGAUGUUAAGAGAUAUUGAUCCUGGCAUGAAAGUGAGACCAGGAAAGAGAUUAUUUAUUUAUGACUAGGGAUGAGUCUUAUUUCAAUUGACAAGUUACUUGGGACUGUUAACAUUUCAAGUCCCACCAUGUAUUGCUUUAAUUCUAAAAGCCUUUAUAAUUGUUAUUUAAUACCAAAGUGAGGAAUCUCAAGGGUUCUUCUGCCCACAGUUAUGACUGAGAAUGCACAUGGACUUGUUAAUCGUUGCACCUUUUUGUAGCAUGAUUCAAAGAAUCCAGAUGUAACCCUUAGAUUUGGCUGGACUGGGCUAAGUUGGUCUUGAUGUGGCUGUAACAGAAAUUUGUGUGGGAUGGGGAGCAAUCGAGAGCUAUAUCUGGGUCAGUGUCAGCCUCCUCAGACCAAAGGGCAUUUCAUUUCCGUAGUCUCAUGCCUCACACUGUGUGCACUUUUUCAUACAAGUAGUUUCAUUCAACGACAUUGCAUUGGUACAGAUAUUCUUGGGGGGCGGGGAGGGGAUGAGGAAAGGGGGGAGAAAGAGAAAUGGAAAAAAGAAAAAAAACUAAAAAAAAAGGAAUGUUGUAUAUCUGCAAAUAUACAUUAAGUAAAGGAGCCGGUAGUAAAGCUAGCAGAACUAUCAAAUUCAGCCUCAUAGAUAUGAAAGACAGUCGACUUGCAAAUGAUGCUGUGAGGAGCAAAAUAGCAAGGUAAUGUUUCUAUGUUUCAAUGAUUGAUUUAAUGGUUUGCUUAUGUUUAGAAAAGCUAAACAGAAAUCCAGGCUAUAGUUACUGACAUUUUUAUUCUUUCGACUUGGAUCAAACUGAAAAAUGCUCCUGUUUUAGAUGAAACUUUAUUCUUGGACUGAGCUUCAAAACAAAAUAAGUCUGUACUCAGAUACCUUGUAAAAGGUUUGGAGGCUUCAUAAUGCUCACUUUGCCUGAUACAGUCAUGAAUGGAAGGAAGCCAAAGUCUUCACAGCAUCAAUGCAAAAAGCUCAGAUGUUGUUAUGUUGGUUUUCACAAUUUUCAUACUCAGUUACAGUGGCUAUUUUCAAGCUUGUAUCAUUAAUUUUCUUCAGAUUUCAUCAUAUUGUCAAGUUAAAGAAUGAUUUUCACUUUUAGAGACCAGCAGUGUUUAUAUAUUGAUUGUUUCAGUGCUAGAGCUGUAGUUUGAUAAACGUACAAAAUUAAAAAAAAAAGAAAAAAAAAAAAAGAAGAAGAAAAGAAAGGAAAAGGAGAGGUAAACUUCUCCAAGGUCAUGCUAUGUCGUGACAUAAUACUGCAAAAUAAAUUUGCUAGGAUCAUAGGAAAUAAACCACAUUUGUUCACUUUUACACCAAAACUGAAGUGCUGGCUAACUCCUAAGGGCUCAGUUGGUUGUAUCAUAUACUUUUAAAACGUUGAAGAGCUCAAGCAGAAAAAGAGCAUACAGUAAAAAAUUCAAAUACAUUUAAAAUGAACUUCAAAUCUAAAGGCAUUCUUACGUCAGGAUGCUGUUUCAUCACACUGCAAAACUACAUUGCAGAGUCUGGAGUUUCCAAAGUUCUUUAGGGAAUAACUUCAGGAAUUACCAUUUCUGUGGUUGUCCAUUAAAAAAAUAUAAAACACUGUGAAAAAUAGUGAUUUUUAUCAUUGGUCUAUUGAGUACCAGAUUAUCUUAUAAAGAGGCUUUUGUCCUGUGAGCUUUUCAGCUCUGUUUCUCAGUGAGGAGUUAUGGGGAUUAAAUAAUUCAGUCAUCGCUUGCCUGUUUUUAUCCUCUAAGCUAUAAGAGAUUCGUAGCUACUAUAUAAAUAUGUUGCUUUUUGUUUUUGUGUUGUUGUUUUUCUUUUAGGUUGAAAGAAGCUGGAUAGGGAGUAUUAUAACUUAAAGCUGACUAUCUGAACAUUGUUAUGUUCCUAGCAAGGCUAAAAUAAAAGGAAAAAGAACAUCCAAACUGAUGAAAAGCCUUUUGUACACUUUCUUCUAGUAAUUCACAUCUUCACUUAUUCUAGAGACUUAAACUAAAGAAACCUCUAGGUGGGUCAGCAGGUUUUAGCUAACACUUGAGCAGCAGCUAUAGAUCAUUGCUGCGAGCAAAGAGAUGUUCCCACAAGAAAAAUAGCUGAAAUAGAGCAAAUGGGAAAAGAGAUAUGUCAUGCUCUGAAAAGCAAAUGUGAGCUAUGUGUUAGGUCACUGACUUGUGCUGUUGCUGUGCUCUCAUGUUCUGGGAGGCAGUUUGUGGCAGUCCAAACUGAUCAACAUCUUGCAGACACUUACAUUUGAAUCUGUAAUGCAGACUGCAUGUAAGCAUGUGCUUACCGACAUGCCAAGUUUCCUGCUGAAUACAGAUAGGUUAUUCACAGGUUUCUAAUUAAGCAUUUGUCUAAGUGUUCUCUUGAAUGGGUGUGAAAUAAAGUUCAGUUAUUUCAAAUUUAUUGGUAUUUUUUUCAAUGUUGUUGUUCUUCCUUCCUUCCUUCCUUCCUUCC